AUGGGUGGUGUGGUCGGCAAGAUACCUGUUCUGCUUCGUGGUGGUAAGACUGUGGAUGGACUUAACUUCCAUGGCAUGGUACCCAUUGAUACGGAAGAGCUUACCGAAUUGUUGACUGUGUUAAACUGUCGAGGAUACGAUACGAAGGUGGAAGUCCAUCCUUUACCUGCUGGCUUUCCCCAUACGGGUGAGGUAUUCAGCACAUAUGAACUUGUACUGAGGGGUAUAGUGCUUGAACGUGGUGAUUUGGAGUUCAUAGGAAAUUAUGCAUCACUUAACAAACUGCAUUUUAUCGAAUGUUCGGGCUCAUGCGACCUGGGUAUGUUGUCGGGGCAUUCGUUUCUUUCAGAGUUGCGCGUGGACGUUGAUGGUGAAGUGAGCCAUUAUAAAGCGCUGCGGGAGCUCCCUUCGUUGAGAACCCUUUGGCUGCGCAACAGUAACAUGACACUCACUGAUUUCUUUCAUGUGGGGGAAGUAGAUACAUUGGAAAGCCUUACCCUUCGAGGAGCGUUGAACUUCAAGUGUCUGGAGGCUGUAGCGAGGUUGCCGCGGUUGAGGGCGCUGGAUUUGAGUGAGACAUUGGUCAAUGAUAAAUGCCUCCACGCUAUAAGCGCCUGCAAAACCCUGCAGCAACUUGGCCUCAGCUCCUGCAAGCGGCUGCGAGAUGUUAGCCCCCUUACUCAGAUUGCCAGUUUGGAGGAGUUGAACCUUAGUCACUGUGAAAAUCUUAAGGAAGUGGGUGCCCUUUACAGACUUAGCCACUUAUUUAGGUUAGACCUUAGGGGUGUGCACCUCACUUAUCGUGUUGUUUACAGUCUAAGCAAGUGCACGGGACUGACUGAGCUUUACGUUUCAUCCUGCGAAGGGUUAUCGGGCGUGGCUUGGCUUUCCAACCUUGAAUCGCUAGGGGAUUUGGAUGUUCAGUGGCGUAAAAACUUGAAGCAUACUGGGGACGUUCUUGCCUGCUUGCCGUUGCUACGAGUGCUGGAUUUGAGCGGCACAUCGAUUAGCAACGAAUCCCUUUGGAAUAUUAGUGAAAGUAAGCUUCUGAGAAGGCUUGACCUCUCGUUCUGUGGCGGUGUGAAAGAUAUAAGCCCGAUAUCAGAUAUUGUAACACUAGAAGAGUUGAAUCUUAAGGGUUGCACGAGUAUUACCGAAGGAGUGGAUAAACUUGGAAAUUUAGUGAAUCUUCAUAUACUGAAUAUGAGUAACACCCCUCUUCAAUCCGGUUUUCUCUACAAUAUCAGCAGCAUCGAAAGUCUCGUGGAACUUGAUCUUUCUUCAUGCUGGGGUGUAGCAUCAUUGGAUUCUUCAGUGCAGACAGCGGUGCGUAUGCGGAAGGGUUCCUAUCCAUUAGCGCGUCACAUCGAAGGCAUAAAUGCGCUUGGAAGGCUCCCGAAACUUCGAUUGCUAAACAUGAGUAGCACUCCCGUAACAGAUGAGUGCCUUCAUGGAUUGCAAAUGUGCAAGAGUUUGGUGUGGCUCAAUCUUUCUUUAUGUGCCAACCUCACGGAUGUAAGUCCCCUUUCAAGUGUCAAAACACUGGAGGAAGUAGACCUCGGUUGUUGUGGAAACUUGAAGUGGGGUGCAGGUUCCCUCCGCCGACUGCCACAGUUACGCAUCCUGGAUUUAAAAAAUACAGUCAUUACUGAUCACUGCCUUGGUGAUGUCACUUACGGAGGGGGCGUGGUUAGUCGAAUGUUGGGACGGUGUGGGAUGGCUGACCUGAGUUUUUCUCGUUGGUCCAUCCGUCGUGGUGGCAAUUUGGUGAGGUUGGACCUCUCGUCGUGCUGGGGGCUCACUGAUAUUGCCCAUCUGACAAGCAUAACCACACUGGAGGAGUUGAGAUUUACGGGAUGCAGAAACUUAAAGGAUGGUGUGGAUGCCCUCGGCCAAUUACCAGUUCUUCACCUGCUGGACUUGAGUGGCACUUCCAUAACCGAUGACUCUCUCCAAGGAUUAAGUACGUGUAGAAGCCUCGUCACGCUUAAUAUUUCGUCGUGCGCUAACCUAACAGAUGUAAGUCCUCUUUCACGGAUUUCAUCACUUGAGGAACUAAACCUUCAGAAAAGCAAACAUAUCAGGAGAGGCAUCGAUGAAUUAGUGAGCCUUCCGCGUUUGUACCUUGUAUAUUUGUGUAGAGCAGACUUUAGCCGCGGAGUCGCAGAAGAGUUAGAAAAACGCGGUAUUGUAGUUAAACAAAUGUAA